AUGGGAACGUUACAAUGUCGUGAAGAUUUGGGGGACAUUCAUGAAUCGAACAGUGAAUGUUGUGAAGGUAGAUUAAAAAAAAGAAAUCAAAAUUAUGAACAUACAUCACAUGUGAAAGUAGCGAAAAUAUGCUUAGAAGAGAGUAAUUUUAAUAAUUGUGGAAGCGAAAGGAAAUUUGAAAAUUUUCCUUCUGCAGAAGUGAUGAAUUUUGAAGCAUCUGGUUCCGUAUUAAAACUUCACAUUUCAGCAGGACAAUUUGAAAAAUGUUCAUUGUUAUGUACAGUCGGGCUUACUUUAGCCAAGCCCAAGACUUCAGCCUUCUCUCCAGGGAAAGAUAUUUUUUCUUAUUAUGCGUUUCCAUAUCCAUGGAGAAUUUUGUGGAGCGUGGCAAUAUUUUUGUCUUUUAUUAGAAUGUCAAUAAAUGCUUUCAAGGAAAUAAGAGAAAUUUCAUCGAACAUGCUUCCUCAUCAACACAAAUUCUCAUCUAUGAGUUCACAUAUUAAUGCUACAUUUGCUUUCUGGUUCUUCUUACUCGUUACAGCACUCAAAAAUCAAUGGUUUGGUUUUAUGCAGGGAGAGAACGUUCUAUAUGUGUUGAUUGAUGAGACGAUCAAUCUUGGUUAUUGUCACAUUGAAGAAAUGGAUUGGUGUCGUGAUGUGGGAUCAAAUGAAUUUAAAAUAACUUUAGAAAGUCAGAGGCAACAUGUCAAAAAUGGACAAUGA